GUAACAAGUCAAGCAUCAUCGCAAUAACACCAUUUUAAUCACUUAGCAAACAUCUUUAUGAGUCAUUCGUUUAGGUUUAUGAGUUAUCAUUAGUGUGGCCAUUUCACAACAAUAAACAUAGGAUAUUGAUUUAGUUUGAAAUGGAGUGACCGAGUAUCAUACCUAAAAAUACAUUUUCAUUGAUAACAAGUUGGUGUAUACUGUUUCUUUCUGACUAUUUUUAAAAUCUCGAAUUGAUGCCAAGGAGCAAAUUUUACUAUUUUCUAUCAGAAUUGUUUGCGAUCGAAUAUUGCAACCGGUGUAGAAAAAAUGCCCGUAGCAAUUGAAGCCAAAAGUAAAAGAAAGGGUGAUACUAGUUCCUGUUGCUGUUUUCCCAAAUUAAAAAAAUGUGAGAAAGGGCUUAGCCGCGAGGACAAUAUGGAGCAAAAGGUUACAAAACAGACUGAAGCAGCAUAUACCCAAGACUUAAGUGACCCACUAAGGCCCGGCUCGUGCAUUGUACUGAGAGGGACUGUGCGACCUCAAUGUAAAAGAUUUGCUGUAAAUUUUCUUUAUGUUCGAGGACAUAAAACAGACAUAGUUUUCCAUUUUAAUCCAAGACUAGCUUUAAGGUACAUUGUUCGUAAUUCUCGUUUUAACAAUUCCUGGGGUGAAGAAGAAUCAACUUCAGUUGAAAAGUUUCAUUUAAACCGAAAUAAAACAUUCGAACUUCAAAUUGUAACCACUGACCAUGAGUUUUUGGUUGCUUUGGAUGGACGGCAUAUUUGCGCUUAUGUGUAUAGGACGUCUUUGGAGAAAGUCAAUAAAAUCGAGGUCGAAGAUAUCGACGUGCAAGGGAUAGAAGUAUUUCAACAAAUAAAAAGUUACCACUCAGUUGACGGAGCAAUUGAUGUAGAAAGCCUAAAUCAGCAACAAGUGGAGGCUUACCCAUUGGUGUCUUCCCGACAAAACCCCUUUAUGGUACCUAUGGCUGCAUCAGAUGGCGAUACAUUCAUAAACCAGCAACUGGUAGUCCCAGUUACAGCUCAACUACCUACUUCACUGAAACCGGGAUGGCAGCUUGAAAUCAUGGGUAGAGUAAAAAUACUUCCGUCGGCUUUUUACAUCAACUUGCAAGAUGGCAAUACAUUGUGGCCCCACCCAAUGAUUCCGCUACACCUCAAUCCUCGAUUUUAUACAUCGUAUGGAAACCAUAUGUUUGUUCGCAACACCUGGAUGAAUGGCUCAUGGGGCGAAGAAGAAAGAACACCAGGAUUUCAGUUUACACCCGGAAAGCGGUUCCAUUUAGCUAUUAGAAUGAAUCCUGAUAACUUCGGCGUGUGGAUCGAUGAUAUUCUAGCAGGCGAAUUCCGUUUUAGAACUCCUACUGAAACAAUAAAUACCGUCUACAUCCACGGGGAUGUUCAAAUUAAAAAUAUUUAUCUGAAAGAUCACAUCGAUGAUAAAAAUUUUGGAUCCAGUAAGGAGAAGCUUGAUCCUUUCUUAUAACCCCAGAAGUUACAUGUAGUUUUUACUAAUUUUCAUAUUUAGCUACUACUUAAAGCUAGUCUAGUGAUGUUAUCGUGUAUGUAGUUAUUAAAAUUGUUUAAGGAAUUUCUAGUAUCCCUCUCGACUACGCCAACGUGGCCUUUACUGAGUCGAAUGCUGUUAAACAUUAUACUGUAAUUGGUUAUAAAUAUAUAUAGUAAGGUAUUUUAAACUAACAUGUCUGAUUAGUGAGCGUCAUAUAUAAUAUUAUUUUUGUUACGUUGUUAUUUCAAUUUAUGUUCACAUUGUCUUACUUUUUAAAACAUUUGUAUAGUCUUUUAUCAUAAGUGUUCUCAACGGCGCUUUCGAAUAUUUAAAUAUAUUAAUUGCAUUUUUAAUAAA